UUCAUUUUCUUAUUUGCAAUAACUCUGAAAGAACGCAUGAGGGCUUCACCAUGUACACAAACCAACCAGCAACCGGUGUUCCCGUCGACUCAAUGAACCAGCAAUAUCGUAUGCAGCAACCGGGGGAGCCGGUCCCUUGGUCGACGGGCCUCUUCGACUGCGGCUCCGAUGUUUCCAACACUUGGAUCACAUGCUGUUGUCCUUGCAUCACCUUCGGACAAAUUGCUGAGAUCCUCGACCAAGGAUCAACAUCAUGUGGAGCAAGCGGAGCACUGUACGCAUUAAUCGGACUACUCACGGGGUGUGCAUGUAUCUACUCCUGCUUCUAUCGGCAAAGAAUGAGGAGGCAAUACAUGUUGGAAGACCGACCCUGCAACGAUUGCCUCGUACAUUACUGGUGCGAGAGAUGCGCACUGUGCCAGGAAUAUCGCGAGAUCAAGAACCGUGGCUUCGACAUGACCAUCGGAUGGCAUGGAAACAUGGCGAGGCAACAAAACCAAGAUGAGCAAAUGUCAUCGGCUCCAGUUAUGGAAACCGGCAUGAAAAGAAAAAAAAGAGAGAGAGAGAGAGAGAGAGAAGCUUCUGGGUUUGAAGAGAGAGUGCAAUUAUUUUAUGUAAUGUUGACGUGA